AUGCAUCUCGUCCUCUCGCGCCUUGAGUCGCGGGACCUCGACGCUAUAGUCCCCAUGAUGUUCGAGUCAUUCCGCAAGAUCGACUUGGCCAAUGUUUUCUUUGGAAGAAAGUCACCUGCUAGUUAUGCAUACUCCAAGAGGACGCUCCUCAACGGCUUGCAGAAUGACCCGGCCGACGUGUUUCUCAAGAUCGAGGACCUCGAUGCCGAGGUCGAUGUGAAUGUGCUUGACGAGCAGGGCAAUGCAAUUGCCACGGAGCGCAGGAAAAGAAUCGUGUGUGCGAGUAAUUGGAAGAUCUACCCGACCUACGUGCCACCCAAGGAGGAGCAGGACACAGCCAAGACGACCGACAGCCAAACGAAUGGUGAGACCGAGACAGCCAGGAAAGAAGAGGCAAAGAAAGAGCCUGCCUUCUCUUACCUCGAAACAGAGCAGGAACGGGCUGAUGCCGCCUUUCUCAUGGAGGACUUCCUGACUCGUCGCCGGCGCGAAUGCACCGAAGGUCAUGUCCUCUGCUUCCUGCUCUUCACAGACCCAGAUUAUCAGGGUAAAGGCUGCGGGCGCAUGAUGAUGCAAUGGGGAAAUGAUGUCGCUGAUGCACUGAUGCUGCCGUGUUGGAUUGAAGCUUCUCCUGAAGGCGAACUGCUGUACAAGCAAGUGGGAUAUGAGGGAAGAGAGAGGGUCAGGAUUCAGACCCCGAGCUUCUUCAGCGAGUAUCUACACAUGCGAAGGCCGGCGAUGGUGGAGCGGGUCAGGUUGGAAGGGAAAAAGACUUUGGUCAGGGAGCCGAUGGAAAAGAUCGUCAAUGGGGGCGCAUGA